CUUCCCCACGUGUUUCUGCUGAGUAUCCCUGGAUUUCCCAAAGUGGCUUUUUCAACUUGCUCAAGCUUCAGACAACCAGCUUGCCCGUGCAGAUCUGUUAGAAUGCACGGGGAAGAUAUUAUUAAUCCGAUAUAUGGGGAUGUCAAGUCUUGCUUGCUACUGUACCUACAACGUUUCUUUCAUCGUCGACAUCACCUUUUCAUCUGGGCAAAUGAUAAAAGACCGUUCCUUGCUAACCAGCCCAUCUGGUUGCCAGCUAUUGAUGAUGAGAUAUGAUAGAAAAAACGGAACAGGUUGCUCUUCACGAGUAUACGCAGCGUAUUAUUUCCCGAGAAACUCCGCCUGAUCCAAGACGCUUGGGUUCUCCAAUAACGACGGCGUCUGUCUGAGGGGUAAGCAAAUCCGGCUCAGUCGUCGCAUUAAUGUCCAGUGGUUGGCCAGACAAGAGGCACCAAGACAGUGCAAUCGAGCUUUGCAUCCCUGCCAAGUUCAACAGCCCACAAUUGUGGACCUCGAAGCGGUGGGAGGGGGAGCGUUGGCAGAUCGCUGAGGGAGAAAAAAAAUACCGCUAUUUUGGCAUCAGGGAAAAUGCUCUCUUCAGUGUUGGGCUAGAGAACAAUAUGUGCCCCUUUUCCCAACGUCGAGGGAGCGGGAAACAAAAUACGAAUUGGGGGAGCAUAUGGAAUGAGAUGGAAAUAAAAUGUCUAUACAGCCCACGUUCCAUGUUCCUGGGAAGAUCGUGGUCUUGAAGACCUCCGCCCUUUUUUCCCCUAGCAACAGAAAGCCAUGCUCGCUCGUGCUUACGCUCUGCCUGGGUUCAAUGGUAGUUAGGUGGGGGUUUAUCUACGAUGGGGGAGGGGUGAACAGCCUCCCUCAUCCCCGUCUUGGGCCUCAGCUCCUAAAAUAAAAAUCUCUCGCUUCUUGCGCCCUCUCUUGCAUCAUCACCAAUUCCCUAGUGGCAGCCGGUGGGUGCCACACUGCCAGACAGGGGGGGGGGGAGGGGAAUACCACCGCCCUGGUCGCGGGUUCGGGGAAGGCAGGCAGCCGUUCCGCUGUUCACCCCCGUUCCGUUCGCCGCCUGCAGGCUCGUUUCAACUUCCAAGCAAAUAAAUCCAACAACCCCCGAAAGGCGAAGGAAGCGCCUUUUCCGAAUCCCCACUCUUUCGUCUUGUGAUGGAUGUCUCCUAUUCUAGCUCCACAUAGGGUUAACUGGGCAGACGCCAAUUGGGGCUAAACAGCAGAGAGUCAACAGACUGUGGUCUUCUUGUGAUUAUUGAUAGGGGCGCAUUCUUGUCGACCUUGCCCCUGACAGGGGAUGGGAUGGCAUGUGGCUCUCCGUUCACCACGUUCCAAUCGACCACUUCUACAACUUCAGCUCUCUUUCGUCGUAGAUAUCAAAAAUAGUGGAGAGAUCGGAGGGUGGAAAAAAUACAAAACGAAAAAAAUAAAAAAUAAAAAAUAAAAAGGCAACGCUACAGCGUAAAUCAAUAGAGAUCACCAGCAGAUCGUUCCCCGGCUCCUUCUCUGCUCUUUCUCUCGAUCAUCAAGAACUUCCUGCCAUAGUUACCUUUGCCCGUCGUCCCCCCACUUGGCUUUUAGAGGGGUCGUGGUGGCUUGCUUGAGUAUUCCUGUCUUGCUUUCAGCUUCUUCGGUAAGUCUUGAGGAAGGAAGAACAACAUCAAAACAGGAGUGAGAAUCAGGUGAAAUGUAUGAUUUGUAAAGUUUGACUGGUUAUUAUUACUGCUCCAGGAUGUCGCCCCAUAACAUAACCCUUUUGCUGACUCCUUCCUUAGCCCCUCCAAUUGACACCAAGGGGGGAUACAUUUUGCUUUGUCCAUCCCAAUCGAUUUCUCGAUUUCUCGAUUUCUCGCUUCUCGCUUCUUAAUGCGUUCGUUCGUAUCAAAGUAUCAAGCGAUUUUCAACCCUAGAACUCGGCAUGCUAUGCUCCCGAGCAGCUGGGCAGGGUAUUCUUGUUUCCUGGCCAUGGACCACCAAUCAGCUGCUGCUACCAGACCUCCUCCCUUUCCCAAAGCCAUGGUAUGGUAGCUUUCUAGGUUAACCUUAAUACAAUGAAUGCUUCCUGGUUCCUUUGAAUAGUUAUUUAUGUAUUUCGUAUUACAGCGUAUAUCUCUCGUUAACUUAUUAUUACUCA